CAGAAGCGCAUGCGCACUGGAGGGCGGACACUGAGAGCGGCAACACCGGGGAUAGGGAAAGAUGGCGGAAGGCAGCGGCAAACUGAAAGGGCUGCGAGAACAAAUGGUCGCUGCAGCCCAAGCACUUGCAGAAGAGCGAAGAAGCCUCACUGGAUCCAGUCCUGUUCCUGGUCAUUCAACUGCUAAUGCAAAGACAACCAAGCCUGUAAUUGAUGGCUCAGCUUUAAGAACUGAUGAAAGGCAGAGACUAGCCCGUGAACGCAGGGAGGAGCGCGAAAAACUAAAUGCCGCCAAAGAAUCGCAGCUACUUGAAAAGGAAAGAAAAGCAAAACUUCAAUUUGAGAAACAAAUGGAGGAAAAACAGAGAAAGCUGGAAGAGCAGAAACAAAAGGAUGAGCAGAAGAGGGCAGCUGCAGAAGAGAAGAGGAAACAAAGACAGCUGGAGGAAAAGGAAAAGCGGGAAGCAAACGUGCGCCGCACUCUGGAACGUAGCAGUCAAUUAGACCAUCGACAGAAAAGGUGGUCAUGGGGUGGACCGGUGGAUGGUGACAAGCAAGGUGCUCAUGGAAGUAAUUCUCCCAACGCUGUAGAUAUAGUUGACAAAAUCCCUUGCGCCACAGAACCACAGCAUGAAGAUAAAAGUGGAUCAGGCGCCAGUAAGCUUUCCACUUCAGCGACCAACCUUAAGAGCACGGACAGCGUCAUUCACAAGCGCUUGUCAUCCUCGUCCGCAACCCUCCGGAGCUCUUCUGAGAAAGGCGUCAAACAGAGAAGCUCAUCAUUAAGCAGAUUGAGUAACAAAACUCCUAAUUCGCAGCCCUUAUCUAGGGUUCCCAGCACGGAAAUAAAAGGUGGAGCAGAACAGAAGAGAAGCUCAUCACUCAGUAGACUGAAUAAUAAGCCUUCCCCUUCUGCACAUAUGGAGAGCGGGAAAAAGGAAGACAAAACAGCGCAUCGCCCCUCGGCCAGUCCUUUGGACAGUAGUAUAAUCAGUCGUCUCCUCGCCCCCACUCAGUCCUCUCUAGCUAGGAGUAAGAGUGCGGCCGCAUUGUCAGCUGAUGGAAAAGAUUCACCAGAAUCUUACCUCUGUCCUCGUUCAGCUUCAGCCGCUACCAUCAGUACCCCACCCUCCGUCUCUAAAGGUCCCAUGCGCAGCCGUAGCAUUGACAGACUGAAGGCAACCCAGACUGUGUCUCCUGGAGCUGGGGCCACUGAAUCUACUCAGAAAGAGACUGAGACGCCAUCAACACCUUCUGUGGGGAAGCGCCCUCCAUCUCCUGCAACUAGCUCGCGUAGACGGUCUCCUUCCCCUGUUUUAACUCCAAAACGUGCUCAGUCUCCAACACUUGAAAGUAAAAAGAUACAGAAGAAUCGGCCUCCAUCUCCAAGUGUACUAAAACAGAGACCACCUUCACCUACUGUGACUCACAAGCCUGUUCCCAUCCAACGUCCGUCACUCACACCAAGUGUCUUAAGUGCUACCAAAAAGAAUACUGACACAGAAGCUAAACCAAAGGAUAAGGUCCAGGAAGGGACUAGCCCAGAGCCAAAAACGUCACAGGCCUCAGAGAAGGCAGCAUCUGUGACAGCAACAAAGACCAAAGACGAACCCCUUAGCAAAGCUAUUUCAGGGAGCACAACUGCAGAAGAAGCUGCUAAAAUCUUGGCUGAAAAACGUCGUCUUGCCAGAGAGCAGCGAGAACGAGAAGAGCAGGAACGGAUUAAGAAAGAGCAAGAAGACAAAAUAAAACAGGAAGAAAUGGCUCGCAGAGCAGAGGAAGAGAAACUAAGAAAGAAAGAAGAAGCCGAAAGAUUAAAAGAACAACAAAGGCUUCAAAGAGAGGAAGACGAGAGAAAGGAAGAAGAGGAGAGGAUCCGUAAUGAGAUAGAAGAACAGGAACGGCUCGCAGAGCUUCAGCAACAAAAAGAGGAAGCUGAAGCAAAAGCCCUGGAAGAAGCGGAGAAACAAAGGCUGGAACGAGAGAAAAUCAUGAAGCAAAACGUGCAGGAAAGACUAGAAAGGAAGAAGAGAAUUGAAGAAAUAAUGAAAAGAACCAGGAAGACUGAUCAAGUGGAUUCUAAAAAUGAAGAUCGGCCCGACCAAGACACAGAAGAUGAAGAAAAUAGCAGUGCAGAAGCUAACCUGCAUGGUAGAACAAAUGGAGUGGAUUCUGAAGAGGAAGCUGAAGAUGAAGAAGAGGAGAGCACAGAGUCUGCUUUAACAACUCCUGAGCUUCUUCUCCCGGCUGAUUUAGUGCCUGAGAGGAAUGAAUUAUUUAUUGAUCAGAAUGGACAGUCUUCUGAAACAAACAACGCAGAAGAAUCAAGCCUUGUGACAAAUGGAAUGACGCCAUGUGACGAGGGUCACCCACAUUUAAAUGAUUGUGAUAAGACUGAAAUGGUGCAGAAUUUAAAUGGUAAAUCCAACGCAUGGUCGUUUGAGGAAAUUAUUGAUCUAGGAAUCCAUUCCAAGGCGACUGGCUUGUCCUCUGAUUCCUUUGCCGUGCGCACCUCAGAUCAGAACUCCAUAGACGCUGCUACCCCAAAGAUGGCCUUUGAGGAGGGACAAAUCAACACGUUGUCUAAGGCCAUUGACUCUGCUGCUGAGAUGUGACCCCACGGCAGCGAGAAUCCUCAGGUUGCACUUCGCUCUACAGUAUUUCAUAGAAAGCUGAAGCCUUGUUGUGAAAAGCUGCUACUUUAUAAUAUCACUUUAAAUGGGUCUAACAUUCACCUGACAAGAGAAGGAACCAAGGUUACCCUUUGUCAUUUCUUCAGGGAAAAUGUGUUGGUGGUAUCGCUCAGUGUGUGACGGCAGUUCAGCGGGGUGUCAGACGUUUUUAUAUUGUUGUUUUUUUGGUUUUUUUUUGUGGAACAGCUUUCUUAUCCUAUUGGUAAGGUGUAUUCUGUUAUACUACAUCAUUUAACAGGUUAAUAUCAUUAAAAAUGUAACCCCAUAGUCAUCAGGAGCACUUCACAAAGUGUUCUUUCACCCUUCCUGGCACUCAAACGGUUAGCUCCAAAAUUAGCACUUAACACGUUUUUGGGGAAAAGGUGUAACUGCUGUAGUACAAGUUAUUAUUGAAGCUUUAUGUAAUUCUAUAUUUCAGAUUUUGUGGCGAUAUUUAUGAGUACACCUUGGCUCAUACCAUGAGAAAAACGUUCAUUACAAGCGUGCAUUGUUCACGACUCCCUUCCUUUUAAAGACAUUUCAUUAUUUUCAGUUACAUAUAUUUAAGUUCCAUAUGUAAGUAUUAUUUUAUCAUGUAUAUAAAAAGCAGUAUUAGACAUUAACUACUUGAGUUACUUUUUUCAUUUAUUUUUUUUCAUACUGUGUUUUUGGGUAUUUGUUUUUUGUGAAUUUAGUUACCUAGAUGUUGCCGAUCCCGUCCUAAAUGAGUUAUGGGACUCAAGCUGCGCCGGGCAAUGCUUUCCCGCAUGCACCCUUUACCCGAUAAUUCCGCAGCGUAGUCAAAUCACUCGUAUCAUUUUUGUUGUUGUGAUUUGGAUUACAUUGAAUAUUUAAACAAAAUUAAAAAAAAAACACCUUACGAUUGUAGUAAUCAAAAAUGCCUACAUUAACUUAUUUUCAGAGCAACAAACAGAUAUUUGAGGGUAAUACAAAGCAAUGACCGGAGUCCAGCUGAUUUAACCCCUUAAGGUCAAUGGGUUGUCCUUAAACCCAUUAAAAGCAAUGAAUUGUGAGCCCGUACAUGUAUGUUGUCAUGAAGGGGUUAACGUGGCUUACAAAGUGUGCAAUUUCUAUAUUGAUAUCGGUGCUCCAUCAUGAAAUGUAUAAGGUGUCGGUGAUCUUGUGGAGUGAUGGUGAUGUGCGUUAGGCACAGAUGUAGCCUCCUUGUGUGACGUCUUCUGAACGCUCGGCCAUCAUCUCAUUGUACUUGAAUAGUGCCGUUAAAAUCUGGCCGGUGGCGUUCACACAUCCAUCACACCGCGGCACUCGAUUUGUACUCUUAGUAAAAUGUUUAAGGUAAUUGUAUGUUAGUGCUCGCUUCCCUUAUUAUUGUAACAGACUCGUCCAUUCGUGACUCUCCUCCCGCAUCCAAAGCUCUUGGAGCCUUUUCACAUCAUCAGUCUAGAUUUAGCAACAUUGUUCAGACAGAGCAGUGCCUUAGGUAAAGAAAAAUGUAUUUUUGUAUAAAUGCUGUUUAACUCUAGCCGAGACAAUCUAACCAUUAAAAAUGCUUAUAUUUUGUGUGUAACUCCUACUGUUAAAUAAUUAGCUGCACCCACUUAUGUAAAUACAUGUGCGCUGUUAAAUAAACUUUGAGACUUCAAGAA